AUGGACGAUGGGGAUCACAGUAAACCGGCACUUCCCGUAGUGCCUGACAAAUGUGGGCCUCCUACAAUCAGUUUGAACUAUUUGCUUGAUUUUGCUAUACAACAAAUCUAUCACGAGAUCACUGUGCUCUCUGAACUGUUACCGAAGAAGUUGGAUGGGGACAGAAAGAUCAGUCUCGUGCAGUUCGCACACUCAACGCGGAUGCUAUUUGUAAAGCUACUAGCUGUUGUGAAAUGGGUGAAAUCGUCGAAAAAAUUCGAGUCAUGUGCAGCAAUAUGCUAUUUACUGGAUCAACAAUCGCAGUAUUUCGUGGAGACGGCGGAUCGUUUAGUGACAAUUUCGCGAGAGGAGCUUGUUAUGGCACGUCUACCUGCUUUCCAAGUGGCUGCUGCUGUCGAUGUGCUCACACAGGGCACCUAUCAACACCUACCUACUAUUAUCAAGGAUCGUUUUGUACUGAAACCUAAAAUCUCUCCCAUUGAUGAAGCCAAUGUAUUAUUACGGCUCAAUCAGGUUCUGCAAUAUCGCAUAUCAAAAGCAGCAUCCACAUUGUCGCCUCGAAUAAAGGGUAUCGUCAUUAAAAACGGCAUGUUGAUUCUCACUGUUCCUGGAGAGUUUGAAGUGAAUCUUACCGUACUGGGUGAACGGGAACAGACUCCAUGGACACUACUAAAUAUAAAAAUGCUGGUGGAAGACUAUGAAAUUGGUUAUGGAGCGCAAUUGGUGCAUCCACUUCAGCUACACAUGCUUCACAAUGUGUUGCAGUCCAGGAUGGAUGUCGCGAAAAAUCCGAUUAAUGAAGUAUAUGACUUUUUGCAUACCUUUGCGCAAUCUUUGCAAUUAGACGUCUUAUUUUGUCAGGCAUCGCAUUGCCUCCUAACUAUAAACGCCUAUUACUUCAGGAACAAGAUAGUCAUAGAGAAGUACGACCCGAAAGAGCGCAUCCUGUCAAUCGGCUAUUGGGUACAACGUAUCGCUAAGAGACUAAUAGGAAAUGUUCGUUCUUUCGCAUAUUACUCUUAUUUUCUGAUGUGUUUUAGACUAGUACCUCAAUAUCGAGUAACCAUAUUUGGAGACGGGGGUGAUGAUACUCCGUUGAAAGUUCGUCAUUACCCAAUUGCACCGGAUCUGGGUCAGCUUGACGACCGGACAGGGUACGAGACGGUGCGUUUGUCAAUUGAUCGGCUCUUGUCCGAAACUUUGGUGGUCCGAUGUAGAGAGCGAUUACUGCGCAUUCGUAAGCGCCUCAAAGCGGCAAAACCUCUCUCGAUUGUCUUGUACGCGGGAACAGCAACGCCAUGUCUUUGGCUUCCACUGCUACGAGACAGCGUAGAUACUCGCGAGGAGUGUGUAGUUAUAUCAGUUAAUAUGUUUAGUGGACGGGUACUGUGCAGUUUGGAUGCGAUAGAUUUCCUUCCCGGUGGAGCUAGCGAGCUGAAAGAAUUGGAAACAGCAUUGUACGAUGGUCAAUCUAUCGAUUCCCUACGCAAGCGAAUUGACCGUCUGAAGGUCCUUUUAAUGAUUGAACGUUAUCGAAGAUCUGUGUCCACCCUCCAAGUGCGUAUCAUUAAUGAAAACCAAAUGGCACCGUUCUUCAAGAGGGUUGCAGUGAUCACAUUUAUUUCCAAUGAGAAUCUUACGGUCAAAAUCAAUCUCUACUUACUGUGUACCCUCGAUGAUAAAGUGCAGAUGAUGGAGUUGAAUAAGGAGAAACGUCUCAUCUCCGCUCCUAUUCAUGGAGUUGUGGACAUUGAAGCCAAGACGUUUGGACAGUCUGAGAUGGACGACGUUUGGACAUUGAAAGAAAACCAUAGUCGCAUAGAGCCAUCGAUGGUUCGGCAACUGACAACAGCCGUCGCAGCGGUUGAUGAUCGAAUUUCAUUCAUGCGGGUUUGCGAGGAGUUGGAUAAAAAACGAAUUGGAUAUCGUAGCGUUGAGGAAGAACCUCACGUUGGAGGCCUUAUAUUGCAUAUAACUGACGUUUCUGCUGUUGUGGAUGUUCGUUGUGCAGCAUUCCUUCGUAAUAUGGCUCGGUGCUGUUUGCGGCUGGACAGCAGAGCACGAGUCAUUUGGCCCCUUGAGUGUUGUAUGAUAAACAUUCCUCUCGUACGGGAUCUCAGUCCUUACAAGAAAGGUCGCAAGACUGGCGUUUGGGUGCAUGAACAAACCGGAAUAUCUGUAGGUGGUCCAGUGGAUACCAUAGCUACAUCGAUUAUCGAGCGGCUUACUAGAUAUUCUCACAUUUACGAUACUGUUAACAGAUUUGCUAGAGCAUACGAUGCUCACUAUAAUAAGCUUUGUAACGUGCAAGCAUACACUUUCCAUAAAUUGGUGAUUGCAUAUGGUCGUGAACGCGAUCAGCAGUUGAUUGUGUCGUUUCGACCACGAAACGCUUCAAAUGACCGUUUUAAUCUGAACUUUGGACAGACGCUUCCUAUUUCUAUCUACGAUUCUUCUGAAGUCAAUUUACAAGAAGCGACUCGUUGGAAUGCGCACUGCAUGAUGGCGACCAUUCUUAAAGAAAAGUUCAACGCUAAAUCCGACCUCACGGAAUUGGUGCACUAUUUGGUCACAACAAGUGAACCUUUGCAGUCAUUGUCGUUCUUCAGCCGCAUACGGUUCCAGUCUUGCAAAGUUUUAGCUCAGCUGUUCAACAACGAUAUACCAUACCCGCUAAUGUUGAAGUUCCACUUGAUGCCGAUAAAUGAAGUCACUUUGCGAUUGACUUACGGGCAUGUACAUCUCGAAUUCAUAAUGUUGUCCGGAGACACUGUGGCCGUUCGUGAUAGCUCUCGAAACAAGCCUCGCUGUGCUGGUCUUCAUCAAUUCUUUCAUCUGUUAUCGAAUGGCACGUCAAAAUCUUGCAAAGAAAGCGAGCCACGAUUCCAUCAUUCAAACUCACCCAUCCAACCGGCUUCCUUACCACCUAAUAUGGUGGAUGCCUCCCCAGCUGGACUGUCCUUAUCAGCAUCAUUGUCUGUACCACCGAAUUCGGAUGCGGCGGCAGUGUCGCCGGCUAUGUUGGGUGGAACGGCGGAGUUGGAAACCUCGUCGGCGCCGGUGGUCAUUGACCAUGAAACCCUGCGCCGUGCUUUUGUAUAUGUCAAAAUCCCAGGCACUAACCUCUCUCGUGCACCACUUGAUGACUAUUUGUCAGCGCUUUGUUUCGUCAGAAAGUUGACGUUAGCAUUCGAAGCUCAUAUGCGCAGUCAAUCCGUCGGUCGCUUUCCGUUUAGCGAAAUGAGAUGCGGCCUAGAUUUUGUCCGUGUCUCCGUACCUGUAGUGGUCCCACCGCAGCGAAAUGAUGCGUCAGCACCCCAAACGCCACAGCAGAUUGGUGGUCUUGUUUCUUACAACUUCCACUUGGAUCCGAGCACGUUGACGUUGAAGUUGAACCUCGAAUACAGUAAAAACGCUCCUCCACCUAACGACAUUGCAACAUUGGAGCGUUAUUUCGAGCUGAUAGUCUGCCGCCUGAACAACGAGCUCGCCGUUUUCUCAUUCAUUAAUCUUUGCCGCAUGGUGGCAAACGGUGCAGUGUCAGGAAUUGCUCAUGUUAUGAAUGCUCAAAUGGAUCCUUCACCGUCAACUUAUUGGAACGUGUCUCUUCAACUGAUUUGUCUAGCGAGGGAUCAGUCAACCGCUAGCGCACGUCGCUACCAGUUUGGAACAGUGUUUGAUGCGAACAACGUCAAUGCUUUGAUACUGAUUUGUUUCCGUCCGAGUCGUACAACGUCACCUCGAAGUAAUGAGAAACAUUUGCUUCGGAUUAUUUACAAUAUGCAAACGAAUAUUGUAAAGCAGCAUGGUAGUGAAGACGAGGCGUUAUCGUCGAUUUUUUCGACCUGCUCUCAGGAGGCGGCUCGGACAGGAGAGUGUCCGCUAUGGCCAGCGAUCCGUCAGUGUCUCGACAAAGUGUCGUCAGCCAAUGUGGCCGGAAUGCCGGCAUCAGUCGGCUACAUGCCUGGUUCUGUUGGUGGUCCAGUGUCAGUGGGCCCUGUUGGUUCGGUCGGAAUGGGGCACAAUCCGGGUUCAAUAGCCAAUCCAGGAUCCAACACGUAA